AUGCAAUCUGUUACUCAGCAUGGCGCAGCAUCGGGCGCGGCAGGGCGACCCAACCUGCCUACGCCUCCGCCACACGUGGCAGCUGCCCUUCCAGAUCCGCACACUAUUCUCAAACACCCUUCGGAGGAGGAGUACUUUUCACAGAUUGCGCCCGAGGCGGUGGAACAUGCCCCUUUGCCGUCCUUUGACCCGGGCGUGUUCAACAAUGAGCUGUUGAAGCUUAGACUGUACCCCACCCUCGAUCCCAAAGAUCCCACGAAGGUAAAGGAGCCCGAGGGAAACAUCGUGGAGGGCACCUACAUGGGCACACAGCUUGCCCUGGCAGAGGCGGCGCGGCGCACUCACACUCGUUUCAGGUAUGCCUCGCUCUUUGACGUCUUGGGUGUUGAGCCGUCCUUACCUCGGCUCAUGAGCCUAGAAGAGCAGAGGAAGCUGUAUCAAUAUUCGGCAUACCCUAAAAACGCGGACGGGACGCCGGCCCCUUACCCGCCACACCUUGAACACAUUCCCUCAGACCAGGACUACAGCUUGUUUGCCAUAUUCAACAAGAUAGGCCUGAUUGAGACGCAGGUGAUUUUACAGAAGAUCACUCCGGACGAAGAUGGCUUUCGCGGACGAACAAAGGAGUGGAUACUCGAGAAGCUGCGGGCCGUAGCGUACGGUGGCGAGCCGGAAAAGGGGAUCAAUAUCCAGGAUGUGGUGGACUACAAUAGGCACCACCGCAAAUGCGGAACCGACCUCGCCAGAGGUGGCAAUAUCGGCUUGCUGGACGACUGGUAUAGCGAUCGCCGGUUUGCAGAUCAGCAGUUCACCGGAACCAACCCAACGACCAUCACCAGGGCGUCACCAUCCUGGAUCGCCGGCUUCAAGAAGGCUGCCGAGAUUGGCGGCUACGGCAAAUGGGUCAGCGCCCUCUCCAAGGCCGACCCGGCGUCGCUCUUUGUACAAGAUGGAAGCUAUCUACGCAAGGCGAUCGGAGUCUCUGAUCCCGAGGCCGUUGUGCAAUACAAGCCGCCGGGUGCCGACGACAACUGGGCCGUGGGCGCAGUGAGCUUGUUCCAACUCCACGAGGACGGCAAGCUGCAUCCCAUCGCUAUCUGCAUCGACUACAAGGGGUCUAUGGAGAAGUCCGUCACCAUUUUCAACCGGCGCAUGGCGCCGAGCGAUCCAUCCAACGGCGAAAAGGAGGACUGGCCCUGGCGGUGUGCGAAAACAUCCGCUCAGGUGACCGACUGGAUGCGCCACGAACUGGCCGUACACCUCACGCUCUCUCACUUCGUCGAGGAAGCCAUCAUCGUGGCGACCAAUCGCACCAUCCCCAUGACACACGCAGUCUAUAAAAUCCUGUCGCCGCACUGGUACAAGACCCUCUCGCUCAACGCCGGGGCGCGGGUCACUCUCAUCCCGCAAAUCAUUUCCGAUCUCGUGGGAAUCAGCCUCGACCAGUGCUACAGCUACAUACGCCACGCCUACGACACGUACGAUUUCGUGAAGAGCUAUGUGCCCAACGAUCUCGACCGCCGAGGGUUUCCCAACACCCCGGAAGGCCUGGAGCACCCGCGGUACAAGAACUACCCGUACGCCAAGAACAUACUCGCGCUCUGGUGUACGCUACGCACCUACGUGAAAUCGAAGCUCCUCCUAUCCUUUCCCACCGACGCUAGCGUUGCCGCCGACAAGCCGAUCCAAGACUGGGUGCGAGAGGUCAAGACGGCCGCGUCCAUACCGUCCUUCCCGGAGAUCAAGACGAUCGACCAGCUAGUAGACGCGGUCACCAUGUGCAUCCACAUCGCGUCCCCCUUCCACAGCGCCGUCAACUACCUGCAGAACUUCUACCAGGCGUUCGUGGUCGCCAAGCCGCCGUCCCUGUGCCGGCCUCCGCCGAGGACGCUCGAGCAGCUCAGGGCGUACAAGGAGCCGGAUCUCGUGGCGGCGCUACCGAUCAACCGCCAGCGCCAGUGGCUGCUUGCCGCACAGGUGCCCUGGCUGCUCAGCUUCCGGGUCGAGGCGGACCGGAGUCUGCUCAACUACGCGGCGAGCCAGUGGAAUGUGUACAAGUACAAGACGUCGCCGGCCGAGCAGGCCGUUAGAGAGGCCAGCCGGAAGCUCUACGGCGAUCUGCAGGCGCUGCAGAAGAAGUUCUUCUACAAUAGCGCUGCUAUGGAUAAGGGGAGCAUUCCGUAUAUGGUGCUCGAUCCGGGCUUUACUGCUGUUUCUAUCUUGAUAUGA